AUUUGACGGUUGAAUUUGUCGGUUGUGUGGAGUGCGUAAACCACGUUAGGAGGAGCAGAGCGACGGCCAUCGAGUGAAUGUGAUUGACAACUAGUGGGCGACGGAACUGUUGCCGCAGCUGUAAAUUCCGCAAAAAUGUUGCAGCACGCCAAAGGACUAAAGCUUAAUAUAACACUGUCAGCAACAGAACUUGUGCUGCCCAAGUACAAUUAAAUUAAACGAAGCGACAACAUUCUCGAGAACUGACUAAUUCAACCUCACACAACCCUCGUGGCACGUAAUGAGUACACCCCGCAUCGGUUGCCCUCCAGCCAGUCAAUAUCUUCUACGCAAUCGUGGGCUGCUGUUCCUCCUGCUCUGCUUGUGCCAGUGCAGCACUUGCUAUGGGGAGGUCUUCACUUUGGGCUAUCUUACGGGCUCCCAACGUCGACCGGGGAACCUUGACUAUCAACGGCCAGGUAUCACAAUUUCGGGCGCCAUAUCGCUCGCUGUGGAGCAGGUCAAUGCCGGUAAAUUGGGCGACCUGGGCCACUCGCUCGAGUUCGUUGUGGCGGAAACCUAUGGGGACGAGGUCGCCAGCAUACGACAAACGGCGGCCUUAUGGACGCAGCAGGUGGCUGCUUAUAUUGGGCCACAGGAGACUUGCGUGCAUGAGGGCCGCAUGGCAGCCGCCUUCAAUCUGCCAAUGAUAUCAUAUUACUGCACACAUAGAGAUCCGUCCAACAAGUUGGAUUUUCCUACGUUCGCAAGAACACGGCCGCCGGACACACAGAUCUCGAAAUCGGUGGUAGCUCUGCUGUUAGCCUUUAACUGGACACAGGUGAGUUUCCUCUAUCUCGACGAUGCCAGCAGUCAGUAUCAGCCCGUGGCGGAAACUAUACUUGGCACCCUGAGCGGCGCAGGUGUAAGUGUACGGGAUAUUCGUACGUGGAACACCAUUUACCAUCAUGGCUUUAUGGCAAAUCCGUUUGAUAAGCUGGUGGACGAGACCCAUGCGAAUACUCGUAUCUACCUAGUUCUUGGGCAUUACUAUGAACACGUGGGCCUCAUGGUCAGUCUUCAGCAGAGAGGUCUACUUUCUGGUGGAGACUAUUUUGUGGUUGGCAUUGAUAUUGAGCAGUAUGACCCAGCUAAGCCAGAAAAGUAUCUGAGAGGCCUACUGAUGGAAAAAGUGGAGCCGCUGGCGGCCCAAGCAUUUCAGUCCUAUCUCGGGAUAGUACCCACAGCGCCUGUUUCCUUUGCGACAUUCGCCAAUGAGGUCAACAAAUACAUGGAGCGACCACCAUUCAAUUUCCCAAACCCGUUGGGUCUUUUCGGUGGGGCGAAACAGAUAAAUGCUGAGGCAGCCUAUCUUUACGAUGCCGUUCAUCUCUACGCUAAUGCAUUAAUAUCUGUCUUAAAGCUUGGUGGCAGACCUAGGAAUGGCAGUCUCAUUGUAUCGGCCAUCAAAGGCUCGCGCUAUCUAAGCGCAAUGGGCUAUCAUGUGUACAUUGACGAAAACGGAGACGCCGCUGGCAACUAUACUGUAAUAGCCAGAGGAACACACCGCAACAAUCACAACGAGACGGUGUUGGGUCUUCUUCCCGUGGGCACAUUUAGCCAUAAGACUAAUAACAGAAGCAGUGAGGCUUUGCCAGAUUUAAACUUGUAUCGCAACAUCGAUUGGGUGGGUGGAAUGCGUCCUGCAGCUGCACCUCGUUGUGGCUUCGGAGGCGAGAAGUGCGUUAGUUAUACUGGCGAAAUAUCGGCAGGCAUCGCUGGAGGCGUUCUUCUACUGUUGGGUGUUGUCUCGUUGGUUCUCUAUCGCAACUGGCGUUACGAACAGGAACUGGACAGCCUGCUCUGGAAAAUAGAUUUUCGCGAGGUUCAGGUCCAUGACAACGAGCGCGAGCAACAGACCCAAAAGGCUACUCGAUCAACCCACCCACUUAUCCGCACUAGCCAGGUUAGUCUAAGCUCUAACCCCGAUGCUGACUUUCGGUAUACGACUAUCUUCACGCCGAUUGGACUAUAUAAAGGACAGCUCUAUUCUAUCAAAAAAGUACGCAAGAAAAGUGUAGACAUCACACGGGAAAUGAAGAUGGAAUUGAAGCUUCUGAGGGACGCCCGUCACGACAAUAUAUGUGCUUUUAUCGGUGCCUGUACGGAACCUCCUAACAUCUGCAUCAUCAGCGAAUAUUGCACUCGUGGCAGUCUUAAGGAUAUUCUGGAGAACGAGGACGUGAAAUUGGACAACAUGUUCAUUGCCUCCAUGGUGGCGGACAUUAUACGCGGCGUCAUCUACUUACACGAAUCGCCCAUCCGCUUCCACGGCUCACUGUGCACGUCCAAUUGCCUGGUCGACUCGCGUUGGGUGGUCAAGUUGACGGAUUUUGGCUUGUUUGCUUUCAAGCAGGGUAUGGAAGACAGUUCCACGGAUAUGCAGCAUAUGUCGACUAAGUGCCUCAAGCUUCUCUACCGAGCACCAGAGCUUUUAAGACAGGGUCCCUCAUCGAUGGUUAUGGGUACACAACGUGGAGAUGCAUAUUCGUUUGCCAUAUUGUUGUACGAGAUGCAUGUGCGGCGCGGCCCGUUUGGGGAGACAGGCUUAACAGCUAUGCAGUGCCUGCAGAAAGUUAUGCAGCCACAGGAUCAAAUCCAUCCUUAUCGACCAUCGCUACAACCACUCGAAACCGCCUUCGAUUGCGUGAGCGAGUGUUUGCGGGAGUGCUGGGCUGAGCGGCCAGAAGAUCGACCCGAGUUCAAGGCAAUACGCACUAAACUAAGGCCCCUGCGCAAGGGAAUGAGACCGAACAUCUUUGAUAAUAUGAUGGCCAUGAUGGAAAAGUAUGCCAACAAUUUAGAGGCACUCGUGGACGAUCGCACGGACCAGCUGCAAGAGGAAAAGAAGAAGACUGAUGCACUAUUGCAUGAGAUGCUGCCGCGCUGCGUGGCCGACCAGCUAAAGAAAGGUCACAAAGUGGACCCCGAACACUAUGAACAAGUUACCAUCUAUUUCAGCGAUAUUGUCGGAUUCACGGCCAUGUCGGCGGAAAGCUCACCGCUACAAGUAGUGGAUUUCCUUAAUGAUCUUUACACUUGUUUCGACUCCAUCAUUGGGCAUUACGAUGUCUACAAAGUGGAAACCAUUGGCGAUGCCUACAUGGUCGUGUCUGGCUUGCCUCUGCGUAACGGUGAUUUGCACGCCGCAGAGAUCGCCACAAUGUCCCUGCACCUGCUCAGCGCCGUGUCCGAGUUUAAGAUUCGUCAUCGACCCACCAAUAGACUAUUACUCCGCAUCGGCAUACACUCAGGUCCCGUAUGCGCCGGCGUUGUAGGCCUUAAGAUGCCACGGUAUUGCCUGUUUGGCGACACGGUCAAUACGGCGUCACGCAUGGAAUCAAGCGGAGUGCCGCUGAAAAUUCACUGCAGCUAUCAGUGUCGGCAACUGUUGGACCGAUUGGGUGGCUACUAUUACCAAGAGCGUGGCAUCAUCUCAAUGAAAGGCAAGGGAGACCAGCGUACCUACUGGCUAAUGGGCGAGGAUGAAGAGGCGCGCGUGCGUCGCACUUAUGAGCGAUCUCAACGGCGUGGUUCGCGGGCACUUAACAAGUUCAUCCAAGGUACCAUCAAACAGGUCCAAGAGCAGUCCAAUGAUUGCGGCAUACGCUCUUCUUUGAAACAGAAGAAUCUGCCUCGAAACUCACUUACUAGAUCCUCCAGUCUCGAGUCGCCUAAGAAGCUGCGCUUUGCAGCUGGCAAUAUGUUGGAGCAUCAUCGCUAUCAUAGUGAUGAGGCCUUACUGGAGGUAGACUCCUACACUGGGUUGCGGCGUUCAUCCGGCGGCUCCACACACUCACGCUACGAGGAGUCGACACUAUCCUGCCAAAGUAUUGAACACCUUGAAACGGAGCAGCAGCAGCAGCAAAAGCGGAGGCCAUUGUCCUACCCAACGGUUAAUACACCACUGCUGAUGAAUCAUGUUGAGGUUUAAAUUAGAAUGAAAGAAGCCCAUUCAAUAGAAUUGUAAGAUCUGAGAAGUAUUAUAGUGGUGUGCAGCUCAUGUCAUUUGCUUUAAGUGUUGUCAGAGGGUGCAUAAGAUCCCACUUCUAUAAUUACAUAUACAUAUUUCUAUAA